CGUUAUUUUUUUUUUGUCACUUUGUGGUUCCAGUACAAUUGCCUUUGCCUUUCUUCUCUGCUUCUGAGCUUCUCCGUCUCCUACUCGAUCCCUCUUUCUCUUUCGGAGAAAAUCUACCACCUUUAAUUUUAUUUAUUUUUCCUUUUCUUCUAGUUAUUUUUUUGUUGGUCGUGAUUUCCAGGUUGGACCACUGAGUCUGAUGCGUUUUUGUUUUUAUUUUUUCACUGUUUUAUCGGUAUAUGUUGUAUUUAUAGAUUGAAUCUUGUAAAGCGAGAGAGGUUUUUUUUUUUUUUUUUUUUCGCGGUUUUACGGUGAUCUGCGUUUUGGUUGAGCCGAGUUUCGAGCUCGGAUAACUUGGAUCCGAAAAGCUAAUGGCAGCCGAGAACUGCAGUGAUGGUAGACCCAACCCGAAUCCUUGUUAUUUGCAGAAAUUCAGACUUUAUGAGACUCGCUCGAAUUUCUACAUGAUCGGAAGAGACAAGAACAGAACUCUUUGGAGGGUAUUAAGGAUUGAUCGCUUAGAUCCGUCUGAACUAACCAUUCUUGAAGAUUGUAGAACAUACUCAGAAAUUGACUGCUGUGAUCUGUUAAGACGGAUACAUGAAGGAAACAGGUCCACAGGUGGACUUAAAUUUGUUACAGUUUGUUAUGGAAUUGUUGGGUUUGUAAAAUUUUUGGGACCUUAUUACAUGCUGCUGAUUACAAAAAGAAGGAAGAUUGGUGCAAUUUGUGGCCAUACUAUCUAUGCUAUUACCAAGAGCGAGAUGAUUCCAAUUCCAAAUUUUCCUGUCCAGUCAAAUAUGGCUUAUUCUACGAAUGAAAAAAGAUACAAGAAGCUCCUCUGCAUGGUGGAUCUUACAAAGGACUUCUUUUUCAGCUACUCAUACAAUGUCAUGCAUAGUCUUCAAAGAAAUUUAUGUAAGAAUGAGGCAGGACUUGUACACUAUGAAACAAUGUUUGUCUGGAAUGAGUUCCUAACUCGAGGAAUCCGGAACAAUCUCAAGAAUACUCUGUGGACUGUUGCAUUGGUAUACGGCUUUUUCAAACAGGUCAAACUUUCUGUGUCUGGCGGGGACUUUAAGUUAACUCUCAUUGCAAGACGUUCUCGACAUUAUGCUGGAACAAGGUAUUUGAAACGUGGUGUGAAUGAGAAAGGUAGAGUAGCAAAUGAUGUUGAGACAGAACAAAUUGUGUUUGAAGAUGUUCCUGAACGAUGCCCCACGCAAAUAAGUUCUGUUGUCCAGAACAGAGGCUCUAUCCCCCUCUUCUGGUCCCAGGAAACUUCACGCUUGAAUUUGAAACCUGACAUCAUAUUAUCAAAGAAGGAUCCAAAUUAUGAGGCCACAAGACUACAUUUUGAAAAUCUAGUAAAGAGAUAUGGAAAUCCAAUAAUCAUCUUGAAUUUGAUAAAGACGUAUGAGAAGAAACCUCGGGAAACUAUUCUUCUUGCAGAGUUUUCAAAUGCGAUCAGAUUUAUCAAUGAAAGUUUAACCGAGGAGAACCGUCUGAGGUUCCUCCACUGGGACCUGAGUAGACACUCCAGAAAAAGUACAAAUGUGUUGGCACUGCUAGGCAGAGUGGCUGAUUAUGCAUUAAACUUAACGGGCAUCUUUUACUGUCAAGUAACACCAAAUUGUAGACCAGAGGGGUUGUUGAAUUUAUCUUGUUUCGUGCAAAAUGAUGAGUACGUGGCUCAGAUAGCUUCUGACAGAAAUGAUGACGUUGAGAAGUUGGAAACUAAUGUUGGUAAUGAUAAACAGAAUUCUAGUGAGAAUGUAAAGACCACCACAUUCCAAACCGGAGUCCUUAGAACCAACUGCAUUGACUGUCUAGAUCGCACUAAUGUUGCCCAAUAUUCCUAUGGAUUGAUGGCUCUUGGACGCCAGCUCCAUGCUAUGGGCUUCAUAGACACCCAAACUAUUGAUCAAAAUAGUCCUUUGGCUGAGGAUUUAAUCAGGGUUUAUGAAACAAUGGGUGACACCCUUGCUCAGCAGUAUGGUGGCUCUGCAGCGCAUAACAAGAUAUUUUGCCAAAGGAGAGGUCAAUGGAAAGCAGCGACUCAGUCCCAGGAGUUCUUUAGAACCUUGCAACGUUACUAUAGCAAUGCAUACAUGGACGCGGAGAAGCAAAGUGCCAUUAAUUUGUUCUUGGGUCAUUUUCAGCCACAACAGGGUAAACCAGCACUCUGGGAGUUGGAUUCAGACCAACACUAUAGCGUUGGAAGGGAUGGUCCUAAUCUUUUUAAUGAGAAUGCUAGCUGUAGGACUUCUUUUAAAAGAUCACUGUCUGAUGGCAACAUUCUUUGUGGAACCCACUCUCCCAUGGCUGUUCCAAAUGUCAGACACCAUCGGCCUUUGUCUGAAAAUAUAGGAGCUACCCAUGGUCUUUCUGAUUCAACUCCAGAGAUGCCAACUUGUGAAAUUUCAUAUUCCAGGUUUACCCCAAGAAUGUCUUGCAGGCAGCUUUUCGGAGAUAUAGUAGACCAUUUUCUUGAAAGUAAUCGCAUAUGUUAUGAUGAAAAUGGGGAUGGAUGUAAUUGCACCAAUUUCGAUAUGGACUGGCUUUCUUCAUCUGGAAAUUCAUGUGACGAUGAUAUAUAUGACAGGUCUACCACGGGUCUAUCCUCUGAAAAUAUUGAAGUAAAAAUUGAUAUGACCACAUCUCCAAGUGAGUCUGGUUCGAGCAUAAAGGGAGGGGACCGAACUGCAUCUGAACUCACUUGUGAUGGUAUUCUGGAUAAAUUUUCUGAGAGCUUUGUGAAUUGGGUAACUCAUGGAGAUAUGCUUAUUCCGUUAAAGCUUACUUCGAAGUAGUUUCAUUCGAAAUUUUGUUUCAACCACAACCAAAAUGAACCCAUCAUUUCAAAAUAAAAAAUGAUGAUGAAAUUGGCUGAGAAGGAAUAAGAGUUGCGGUUUCCGCCGAGAAAAAGUAAUUUUCAGUUUGUGUAAUAAUGACACAUUUUUCUUAAUCAUAAAAUUUCUUAGAGAGAAUGUCAGAGGAAGCACAACCAGUACAUAGUCGAUUCAUUUUGGACCUCUGACCACCUCAAUCUGCAAAGAUUCCUGUAAAUAUUUCAUAAAUAGAUGAAUGCCUCCUGAGCCCUUGACAUUAUUGGCAUGCUUGUAUUUCCAUUUACAUCAUAACUCUUUGGAAAUAACAUACCCACGUUCAAAAUUGAU